CAUCAUCUCAUCACAAUCACAUCAGAUCAGAGAGGAAUCAAAGUUUAGGUAUCUCAUUUAAAACUCGUUUGCGAUCUCUCUCAGGCAGGCAAGCGAAUGGCGGCCGCGACAAGUGAGAAACAGAACGGAUCAAAGGCUCCUCCUUUGCCUUCUCCUCUCCGCAACUCCAAGUUUCUCCAGUCGAAUAUGAGGAUCUUGAUAUCGGGAGGAGCAGGGUUCAUCGGUUCACACUUGGUUGAUAAGCUAAUGGAAAACGAGAAGAAUGAGGUUGUGGUUGCUGAUAAUUAUUUCACUGGCUCUAAAGAUAACCUCAAGAAGUGGAUCGGUCACCCCAGGUUUGAGCUUAUUCGUCACGAUGUUACGGAGCCUCUAUUGCUUGAAGUUGAUAGGAUUUACCAUCUUGCUUGUCCUGCCUCUCCUAUCUUCUACAAGUACAACCCCGUCAAGACAAUCAAGACCAAUGUGAUGGGUACAAUGAACAUGCUCGGUCUUGCCAAGCGUGUUGGAGCUAGGAUUCUGCUCACCUCAACCUCGGAAGUGUAUGGAGACCCUCUCAUCCACCCUCAACCAGAGAGCUACUGGGGAAAUGUCAACCCCAUUGGUGUUCGGAGUUGCUAUGACGAAGGCAAGCGUGUAGCUGAGACUUUGAUGUUUGACUACCACAGGCAACACGGCAUUGAAAUCCGCAUUGCUAGGAUCUUCAACACUUAUGGUCCUCGUAUGAACAUCGAUGACGGCCGUGUGGUGAGCAACUUCAUUGCUCAAGCACUCCGAGGCGAGGCAUUGACAGUUCAGAAACCGGGGACACAGACCCGCAGUUUCUGCUAUGUCUCUGACAUGGUGGAUGGACUUAUCCGUCUCAUGGAAGGCGAUGAUACUGGCCCUAUCAACAUCGGUAACCCAGGUGAAUUCACCAUGGUGGAACUGGCUGAAACGGUUAAGGAGCUUAUCAAUCCGAGCAUAGAGAUAAAGAUGGUGGAGAACACACCGGACGAUCCAAGACAGAGGAAGCCAGACAUAAGCAAGGCUAAACAAGUGUUGGGUUGGGAGCCAAAGGUGAAGCUCAGAGAAGGACUUCCUCUCAUGGAAGAAGAUUUCCGUCUAAGGCUUAACGUUCCCAAAAACUGAAAACGCAAACGCAGGACGCGUUCUUUGAUUUGAGGGGAGUUUGUCAGUUUUUUUUUUGAGUGAUAUGAUGCUUACAAUAUUCUACAAAGUGGUGGUUGGUGGUACGGUUUGGUUUUGUUUCAUGUCUGUUUUCAUUGAUCUUUGCUUCUGUUCGUAGAGAAAUAAGUUGGGAUAUGUUUUCUGUUUUUGUUUCAAUGAGGAACGACUCUUUUUGUUUUCAAUAUAUUAAAUAUAAUAAAAGAAAUGUAUUAUAUACU